AUAAAAUUACUUUUGUUAAAAUCAAAGUGCCCUCCGGGACGCCCUCUUCCGGGACAACGGAUACCCACAAGUAUUCCCCAAGCAUUGGCCGUGCGACAAACCAAUUCCCAAUUGAUCCUGAAUCCAGCAACAAAAGCUAUGACAAUAAUGAUACUGACAGCCAGCUCACAAUCAGCCAAGAAUUUAGAGCUGCGAGGUACAUUGCCCAAAGCAACAACAAUAAAACAGUAG